GGUGAGGCAAGUUUUCCCUCUCAAUCAUGCUCUAGAGAGUAUGUGAGGGCGUCGACCUAGGGUAGCCUAUAUGUAACAGUAUUUCUCAAGUUUCUUGGUGCACAGUCUCAGUCCUUACAAGUUAAUGUUUUGUCAAGAUGGCAUCGGAGAAAACAGCUGUGUGUGAUGGACAACAGAAGCAGGAGAACGUGUUUGUCCGUCUCCUUAACUUCCCCGUCGUCAGCUGCACCUGUGAGAUGAUCGACAGGACUUACAGUGGCACUAAGCAGACACAUCCACUGGUGAACUACGUGUGUGAGGUGUACGAGCGCGGAAUGAGGACUGCUGGUAACUUGGCUGUGAGGGGUGUGCGACCUGCCAUUGAUAAGCUCGAACCGCAAAUCAAUGCCGCUAACAUCCUGGUCUGUCGAGGCCUGGAUCAUCUGGAGGAGAGGAUCCCAGCUCUGCAGUACUCCCCUGAGAAGCUGGCCACGGGGAUCUCAGAGGCGGUGGCUUCCACCAUGCAGACGGCCAAGGAUGGCAUCACCACUCCCAUCAGUGCGGCGUCUGACACAGUCGUCAGCCUGGCGUCUGGGGGCUUCCAGAUGACCAGGACUGCCCUGAGCGACGGGGCGCUGUACGUGCUGAACAGCAGGCCCGUCCGUCUGGCUGAGGAGGGGGCAGACAGUGCCCUCACCAUAGCCGAGCGUCUGGUCGCCUACGUUCUUCCCCCCUCCCCCGAUGAGACGGGUGUGGAGAAAGAAGGAGACGUGUCGAAGGAGCAGCAACCUGGUGAUAGCAGGUCCCCUGGCCCAGAGCCCAGCCUGAGACGGCUCAGUGCCCUGGUCAACACUGCAUGCCGACGUGCCUACAGCCAGACAGCCGUGCAGCUCCAACACACCGCGAGUCAAGGCCAGGACCUGGUGGCACGCAUCCCUGGAGUGGUGGCACUGGCCGACUUUGGAAAGCGGAACCUGGAGACUGUGAGUUCUACAGUUCUGGGCCUCGGUGGUGCAGUAGCUGGACUGUUUGUGGAAGAACCUCAAAGGAGAAGACAGGAGGGGACUGGAGAAGCACUUCAGAGUGGAAGUCGGGUGCAGGAGCUGGUGAGCGUUGUGGGACAGCAAAUUCAGACUGCCUACGUGUCCAUCAUCUCAGGGGUGAAGAGUGCCCCCAGCAUCACUGUGGGUCUGGCCAAGGAUGGGUCCGACUUGGUUGUAGAGUCCUUGAGCUCUGCCAAGGAGCGCUUGCUCAACAACAUCCCUUAUUUUGGUCUGUUCUCCCGUGAAGACAAACAGGCCGCCCCCACUGGGAAAGAGGAGAAGGAAGGGGGUAAAAGCACAUCCUGUGCCCAGACUGGAUCAGGUCACCCAGAUGCCCAGAGCUCAUCUGAGACCAUGGAGCCCCAGGUGUCAGAGGAGACUCGGCUGCUGCAGAAGAGGGUCCUUCAGGAGAUCCCUACCCAACAGAGAGUGAUCCUCCGUGGGUCAUCCAGGUUUCUCACUCCCCCAAGCUCCAAAGAGAUGGGCGAGGGUAAGAUGGGCCUGACUAUGUCAACACGCACCACCCACUCUACCACUGUUAUCAAGGCGUGAUGCUUGGUGCAUCAUCAACUCCCUCUAAGCUCAGUGUUGUUACUGGCUAUUGCAAACAAAAUAAUUAACAGUAGUUUUGGCAAAAGUAAGCUUUUUUGAAACACUGCCAAACUAAUACUUCCAACUGUUUCAUUGUUCCAAAGCCUCUCCCAACAAACCCACAUAUGAGUACCCCCUUGGCAUUGAUCUAAUUGGCUAUAUAUUUUAAGUCUAUUUGGAUAUCUGGACAUUGGAGUCUAAAUGUAUUUUAUUCAGAGUCUGGGGCAGAGCGCAUACUUUUCCCCUAGAGCAUAUGACUUAACGAUUGGUGUGGGAAAUUGUAGAUAAGAGUUACAGUGCUCUGAAUUAAUAUCUCAAACCCCACCUUUGAAAAUGAAAUCUAAACCAUUCUUUGACAUCUGAUAUUGAGCUUAAGCUUGUGCUGAUGCUAUGAACAAAUUGGCUUUGCAGAUAUUGUUACAGUAGUUCAGGCUUUAGAAACGGCAGAAGAGCAAACUGUUGUUCAAGCAACAAUGAAUGACAUGUCUUUGAGGUGUGUAAUGUUGUGCAGAUUUUAAACGGUACUGCCGUGUUAAGUUGCCACUUAAUUCAACUGGACUAUUCCUCCUCAUCAGGUAACGCUUAAGGCCUUAGCAAGUUUACUCCCCUCAAAUCUAUGACUAAAUAUUCUAUGAAGGCUCGCUUGCUGCGCCAUUUCUCAUAUCAUCACGCAGCCGUGACAACAAGAAAGUAGCACUAAUGUAGUGUAUACAUUACAAUUAUACAUCUAUAACUAAUGGCAGUGUCAUGAGCGCUGAAUAAUCAUGUAUACAAUGACACUGAGCCAUCUUGCUAAUCCACCUCUAGUAUUGCCUUGAAAUGUUCCUGGACAAUGUUAGCUGAAUUAUCACACAUAAUAUUCAGGCUUCAUUCUGACAGCAAGGUUUCAAACAGUUGAUAUGCCCACCAUAUCCUUACUCUUUCUUAACCGCCCUUAGUGCAGCCGACAGUCCAACUGAAACUGGUGUAACGUGUAGGAUGAAAACAGACUGAGGCUACCAUGCCUAAGGUUCCAUAAAGACUGAGGCUACCAUGCCUAAGGUUCCAUAAAGACUGGAACGGUGUGUGCUGUGGCUCCUCAAGGCUGCAUGGUGCAUUAAAACCUUGACACAGUUUGACUCUGAAAUGUAUCAGUUGUGAAGGAAAAUGGCUGUGAGUGCCAGAGUGACAGUUCUGUUUUGAUGUUACUAUGAGAGUAUCCAAGAAAUUUAGCUGUGCCAAGCAUAUUAAUAAAUGAAAAAUGGAUGCGUUUUCCUCUUUGUUGGUAAAAUGUGGUCAUCGAGACUCUUUCAAUGACAUAGAUUCAGGGAUUCAGAAGGAUCUGCAUAUGCAAUAGUCAAUGAUAUUUGCCCAUACAAUUUGCAGGUGUUGGUAUUGUAUGAGAAUUAUUUGCUUCAAACAUUUGCUUACUCAAUACUGGCUACAGUGACUGAGGGACCCUAACAAAAUAUUUUCCCAAUAAAAGAAAGUAUUGCAUUUUG